AUGGCUGACGCGUCGGUGAACCAGGACUCGCUCACGCUCGAGGAGACCAACAAGGUCCGCAUCAGCCUCGGUCUCGCGCCGAUCGGGGCUGAGCCCGCCGUCGACGCCGAUGGCCAGCCCAUCCUCGACCAGGAUGAGGUUGCCGAGGCCAACUUUGCGCGCCGACGGGACGAGAUGAAGCGCGACAAGGCCGAGCGCGAGAUCAAAGAGCGUAUGGAGCGUGUCAAGAACCAGCGCGCGCUCAAGGAACAGCUCAAGGGCUCGACACUGGGCGACGGCGGCAAGGACGACUCGCUCUCGGCCAAGAACUGGAUCAAGACGCAGAAGAAGCGUUCCGUCAAGCGCGAGCGCGAGCUCGCCGCCCGCCGUGCGCGCGAGAUGGAGGAGGCCGACAACGUGGUGUAUGGCGAAAACGACCUGGCGGGCCUCAAGGUGGCGCACGACACGGACCAGUUUGAGGAGGGCGAGGACGUCAUCCUCACGCUCAAGGACAGCCGUAUCCUGGAAGGCGACGAGGACGAGCUGCAAAACGUCAACAUUGCCGACGACGAGGCUGUCCAGGCUGCCAAGGACCGGAAACGCAAGGCCAACGAGGCGUACACGGGCUACGACGACGACGAGUUUGACGAGAAGCGGAUAGGCCAAAAGGCCGAGGUGCUCGCCAAGUAUGACGACGAGUUUUCGGGCGGUAAAGUCGAGGUGGAGGGCUUCCGACUGGGCGCGCCGGCGCCCAAGAAGAAGGCAAAGGUCGUGGCGGACGAGGACGACUUGAUGGUCGGUGUCGGCCCCGCGACCAAGGUCAAGCUCAACCUCGACUUUGCAAAGGACUUUGAAGUGUCCGACUACAUGAAGGAGGGCGACGUGGGGUUCAAAAAGCCCAAGAAGAGGCGAGCCAAAAAGUCGACGCGCCGCGCCGAGGCAGACGACGCCGACGACACCGCCGCCAUGGACGUGGACCCCAGCCCGACAUUUACGCGGCGUGUGGUGGGCGAGGACCCCGACAACCUCGUGGACGACGACGACCUGCAAGCCGCCUUGGCCAGGAGCAGGAGAGAGCAUGCGAAGAAAAAGCCCAGGGUCAAGCCCGAGGACCUGGCAGCACGUAUCCAGCAGCAACGCCAGGAGGACGACGCGGCGCAGGUCAAGGACGAGGACGAGGCCGGCGGCGACGACGACGGGCGCAUCACGUUUGACGAGACGAGCGAGUUUGUCCGCAACGUCACUGCCGAAUCGCGCAUCGCCGUGCCCAUCAAGCGCGAGCGCAGUGGCACCGGCACCCCGGCACCUGCCGCUGCCAGUGGCAGCACCGACGAGGCCGUCGUGGUCAAGGUUGAGCGCGUGGACGACGGCGACGCCGAGAUGGACUCGGACUCUGAGGACGAGGACGACGAGCUGGCCAACCUGGCCGCGCGCGAGGGUCUCUCGCUGGCCGAAUACCGCCUGCGCAUCGACGCGCAAAUGACCGAACUCGACAGCCUCAAGGCCGAGGACGUCGACGCGGCCGCCAACCCAGACCCCGAACCGACAAACACGCAGGGCAUGGCCGGCGUGCUGGCCAUGCUGCGCAACCAGGGCUCGUUGCAAAAGCGCACUGCGGCAGACGACGCGCGCGAGCGCAGCCAGAAACAGCACGACCUGUGGCUCGCCGACCACAAGCGGCGCGCGGCGCAGCGCGAGCUGGACCGCAUCGCCGCGCGCGGCGGGAACAAGGACCAGGCGCAGCGCGAGUACGAGAACCGCGUGCGCGAGCAGACGGACGCGCGCGACGCCCUGGAGAGCUUCAAGAAUUACCAGCCCGACGUGGAGAUUGUCUACCACGACGAGUUUGGGCGCAAGAUGACCCCCAAGGAGGCGUGGAAGUCGCUCUCGCACAAGUUCCACGGCAAGACGUCGGGCCGCAUGAAGACUGAAAAGCGCAUGCGCAAGAUUGAAGAGGAGCGCAAGGCAGCGUACAUGGCCGCAGGCGACACGCCCACGGGCAUGACGGACGCGUUUGCGCGCCGCCAGCAGAAGACGGGCGAGGCGCACAUGGUCCUCUCGGUGGGUAACAAGGGCAGCGUCACGACCGACAAGGGCAAGGGCAGGAGGUAG